AUGCCUUUAAAACCGACUGAUGAUAGUGAAGAUCGAAGUUUAAGACAUGUUGAAGAAAAUGUACUAAUUCCUCAGAUAAUAAGAAAGCGUGCUGCUAAGCUAUGCAACGUCCAAGCUCAAAAAUUUUUCGAUUGCUGUAAGGGCAGAACUGUUUCAGCAGCAUGGGCUUGCCGAGCUGAAGUGAAGAUGAUGAACGACUGUUUAGCCAAGUACUACACAGAUCCAGCUUUCUUCGAGGAGUGUAAAGAAAGUUAUCUAGCAGAAAGAGCGCACUUUCGAAAGACAGGAGUUAAUCCAAACAGAGUUAACAGGAGACGUGGUCGGACAAGUAGCUUUGAAUCUCCCGAACAAGAAAAUACAGAACAGCUUAGUUCUCAAUAA